GGAAGAAAGUAAGCUUUGAGAACCAAUUACUAGAAAGUGUUAGUACAAAAUGCUUUUGUCAGUUAACCUAUCAAGACUCCAAAACAGGAAUUGAUUCAAAGAGGAUCAGAAUAUUUUCAUCACAACAUUUACCGAUGAUAAAUCAUCUGUCAGAAGUCCCUGGGGAACACUUCUCUACCUAAAACUGGUACACACAUCUGAGUACUAAAAUGCCCAUGGCUCAACUUGGCAGAAAACUAUGUACUUAUAAUGCUACGACUUCUGAAUAAGUUGGGGGAUACUGGAAACAGUCUGACAUUUCUAGUAGAUCAAAAGGAAAACAAAUAACCUCAGCUAUGGAGAGAAAAAGACUACUGCAGAAAAGGGAGAUUGGGAAAAGACUUUCUCUGGACAGCAGCCUUGUGGAGUAUAUGGAUUCAAACAAAUACAUAGAGCAUCUCGUGACGCAGCUAGAGGAACAGCGCUGGAAUUUAUGGAGGGAGAAGCUGUCUGUGGCUCGGCUGCAGCGAGAAGUUGCACAAAGUAAGAGCGAAGGAACCAUGCGUGAGAAACUGAUACAUGAGUUGGAGGAAGAAAGACAUUUAAGACUUGAGAGUGAAAAACGAUUACGGGAGGUAACACUGGAGUCAGAGCGUAACAGAGCUCAGAUGCGUGGCCUACAAGAGCAGUUUUCCAGAAUGGAGGAAACGGUGAGAAAUCUACUACAGAGCCAAGGAUCCCCAGGCCAGAAUGGAGAAGGAACUGUCAAUAUCAUGAAGGCAUAUCAGGAAAAGCUGUCAGAAGACAGUAGGAAAUGCAAAGAAGGCAUGGAAAAAAUUCACACAGCAGUAGAUGAAGAUUCAAGAAGUGAAAGCAACAGCAACAGCACUGAAGAGGAAAAAGAAAAGACAAAAUUGCUAUUGGAGCGUCUGAAAGCCCUGGAGGCAGAGAAUUCAGCACUGGCUCUGGAAAAUGAAAAUCAGAGAGAACAAUAUGAAAGAUGCCUUGAUGAGGUGGCUAAUCAGGUCGUUCAGGCUCUACUUACUCAAAAGGAUCUGAGAGAGGAAUGUAUAAAGCUGAAAACGAGAGUUUUUGAUUUGGAACAACAGAAUCGAACAUUAUGUGUGCUUUUCCAGCAGAGAGUCAAACCAGCUUCUGACCUCCUCCUUCAGAAACUCCAUUCGCGCAUCUUAGACCUCUCAUCUGGAGAUCUGCUGUCAGAAGUAGAAUGGAGCAGAAGCUCGGUGCAGUCGCGACCUGCUGACGCUCAGAUUCACGAAUGCCAACAGAAUGUGAAAUCCACUAUACCUGUCUUGAAAUGCCACAGUCAAUUAAAUGUGACAGGUCCUAGCCGCCUGUAUCCCCGGAGCAGCUGCAGUAGCAGUGAACUCUCCCUUUCAAGUGCUUGCAGUGAAUAUUCCAGUGGUUCCUCCUACACUUGGAAUGAUGGGAAGAUGUGCAGCAAAAGGUCAUCCGUGAGCUGGGAUAAAAGAAUAAGCAUUGGUUCUUCACUCCCAAGCAACCUCUCUAGUCCUGCAGAUGAUCUGCCUCCAACUCGUAUCAAGGAAAACCAUAUCCUAGAAGGGCUGAAGAAAUUACAGAGGCAAAAAGUAUUACUUGAAUCACCUUCAGUAAUACCAAAAUGGGGCUACAAAGAUUGCAUGAACUCCAAUGAAGGAAUAUAUUCCCCUGGAGUUAAAUGUGGUAGCCAUCAUGAGCAGACUCAUUGUAAGCCAAUGGAAAUAGGGAGCAUUUGCGUUGAACAUAACAAAACUUUCUCGUAUGAUUCAGAUUCACAUGACGAUGUGGAUGAUGAUUCUUCAUCUUCAUUAUUGCUGCAGGAAGUACCAAGCAAAGACUGCAGGAUCUAUUGCAAUAAAUUAACUCACAGUGUUUCUGACAGUCUCUUUCAUUGGGAUCCUAACAGGAAACAUUUGCCAGAAAGAAGUUCAUUUUUUAAUUCAAAGGAAAGACCGGAAAAAUUGACUAGUUUUGUCAGUGGAUUUCUGGCAGAAGUAGAGUCGUGCACCAGAACAAAGCUGCCUGAUUUACAGUUAGAUCAAAGCCAUGCUAAUACAGGCUGGAAGGACCUUAAUUUUCAGCUUUCAGAUACUGAUGACAAUGAAGUCUUGGAUGAAUUGCACAUAGAAAGCAGUGAUGAGAAAAGUCCGUCAGAUUUAUUAGCAACUCCUUUUUCUGAGAAGUACACAAAGAACUCUGACAUGCUUAUAGUCACAGAGAAUUCUCAGUUUAUAUCUAGUGACAAAGAGGAAAGACAGACAUCUGCUCACUCAGACAUUAGGCCAAAGACAUGUAAUUUCAUUAAACAACAAAAAGUCAUAAAAAAGACUUCCUCUGAGGAGUGCAUUACAGUAAUAUUUGAUGCUGAGGAUGGUGAGCCUAUUGAAUUCAGCUCACAUCAAACUGGAGUUGUCACUGUAACAAGAAAUGAAAUAUCAAUCAACCAACCAGAAAGCAGGUGCAGUGCAGAAUACACUGAACUUAGACCUCAGGGAAUAGCUAAUUUGCAGACAGGAGCGAGUGCUAGAGACUACACUGCUUUGGAAGGACCUGAAGACAAAACUAAGAAACAGACUCUUGAAGACAAUACAGGGAAUAAAAAUAUGGCUGUCGCCACAACCUGCAGUGAAUCUUCACCCUGUGGAAGAGGAAUCCUGCAAAAUGCCCCACGACAAAAACUAGUGAAGCCAGUGUAUGAUGUAUCGUACAAGACCAAUUCAAGCUCCAUUGUUCAUGCAGGUAUUAAUCAAAAGCCAAUCUUGACUAAAAUACCCAGCAGAGGUAAAUUUUCUCCACAAAAAAACAAGAUGACGGGGAGUGAGGAGGCACCUUUAGCAACUUCAGUGACCCCUGCAACCCUUGAAAAAUCACCUGCUCUGCCACCUGUCAAGCUUUCAAGACUCAAAAAGGCACAAAGUCCACCUCGUAAUUUUAACUCAAAAGUUGACUUCCAGGUUCCAAAGCCCCCUGCCCACCCCCUGCCCAACUCAAAGCGGCCGGGCAGAGACAAUGGGCCAAAGUACCCAAAGAGUCAGAGUCCAGCAUCACCACUGUUGCCUCAGCACCUUAUAGAGCCUACUGACUAUGGAGAACCUCCAACUAGAGAUUCUAAUCGUGACUUAGCAACUGUAGAAGCCAGGUCGCCAUCCCCACCCCUUCCUCCAGGCAGGUCAACAUCCCUAUUGAUUCGUCCUGAUUAUGCUCAUUCACCACCUGUAGCUGUGAAGUUAGGAGGAGCCAUUCCAGGUGAAACAGCAAAAAAUAUACUAAAAUCAUCACCACUAAAAGGAAUUGCAAACUCUGUCGUCCAUAAUCAAUCUAGUCAUGAUAUGCAAGCAAAAAGUGUAUCUUCUGGGGCCAAAACUGAGUUAUCUUACCUUCAAGAAAAUUCUGAAGCAAUUAUGCAAAAUAAAUGUAUAUCUCAGCAACCCCAUAGUGCAUGCCCAGGACUUUCCAAAGUUUCCACAAAGCAAGUCUGCCUGAAAAACGCUAAUCAGAUGGGUUUCCACAGGAACCGUGAGUUUCUGAACACAGAUUCUCAGACAGGCAGGUCCAUUCCUCUGGGUCCGUCACUGGAAACAACUUCACAAGAAGGACAUUCCAGCAAGAAGGAUAUUUCCAGUGACAGUGGGGUUGAUCAGCCACAAAAGAUGCCAACCAUUCUCCCUGCAACUCCUCAAUGUCAUACAACAAGUGUGAGUGAGCCCUUGCUAUCUCAGGUAAACAAUUCUCCAUUGUCAACACUGUUUCAUGGUAGUGACACUGCAAAUGCCACACAAAACUCUAAUGAGAAAGGAGUGAAGACCCGUCUCCCUGUAGGACUGAAAUUAUUUGUCAAAUCUCCUCAGCUUCUCCGAAAGAGCUCCACCGUCCCAGGGAAGCAGGAAAAAGAUAGUAUAAAUGCAGCUUCCAAAAGCCAUGUAAGUACAAGUAAGCACAAGCAAAAUGAAUGUGUGGCCAAAAAAGGUACAGUGGAUGCUGAGUUAAAAGACUCUAAGUCUGAUACCGAAAUAAAAGAUAGUUUUACUCUGAGACUUAGCAUGGAUGCAGCAUCACCUCAUUUGCAUGAAAAUGGCAGCUUGAUGGUAGACAGAGUAGAUGAAAUAGAAAGCAAAUUAGUUAAGAGGUCUUUUUCUUCUAGCAACAAGUCACAUUUGAAACCAGCUCUGGGCAUGAAUGGAGCGAAAGCUCGAAGUCAGAGUUUCAGCGUUCAUACAGGAGAAAAGUCAUCUGCCGUUGUGACAGAAGGUCUUGGAAAAGUACGGACUCAGAUUAUUACAAACACUUCUGACAGGGGAAAUUCUCUAACAAGGCAGAACUCAGCCAUGGAAGGACUUCAAAUCAAGGCCAUUCCUGGGUCAGCAGCAACACAAGAGACUUUUCCAAAUACUUCAAAAACCACAGAAAAUUCUUACUCUAGACAAGGUUCUCUUGGAAGCAAUAGCAAUAACCAGCAUGGAAGCCCAAGCAAACUGCCAUUCAGAUCAUCUCCAAAAGUAGACUCAUUUCAAAAUGCUUCAAAACAUGAUGGAAACAAAUCAUUUUAUGUGAAAGAUGCACGCAGUCUAUCUGUCCAGAGUGAGAAAAGCAGUGAAAAUUUAAAACACGAAGUUGUAAAUAAAAAAAGUGUUUUGCCAGCAGAAUUGGAGUUAGAUGCAUCGGCUACUGUAUCUUCCAAACCGAUUUCAUCAGUUCAUAGCUUGGGUGGAAUAAAAUGUCCGCAUAAACUGGAAGCAAUAAAAUCACAGAGACAGCAGAUGUCUUUAAAAUUAGCGGAAGCCUCUCAUGUUACUGAUGUUUUUAGUUCACCUGCACUACAACCUACGAUAGAGGAGAAGGUCAUGUUGUGCAUCCAAGAAAAUGUCCAGAAGGGUCAGGAACAAAACAAAUCUCCCACUGUAGAGACCAAACAAAAGACUGGGCCCUCUAUAGCUAGUUGGUUUGGCUUUCGAAAGAGUAAGCUGCCAGCACUGAGCAGCAGGAAACCUGAUGUUCCUAAAACAAAAGUAGAAAAAAAAGAGCCGAGAGUUUCAGGAUUUGGAAUUAAGCAGUCAAAAUUAGAGAGAAGAAAAGAAAAAAAGCAACCUGAACAACACUGCAAAAUGGAAAAUGAAAUUAACAGGAAAACGGACAGCAGUGACUUUUUAGAUGAUGCUAUGGAGUUUAAAAUCUUGAAGCCGUCGCAAAACACGUCUGGCAAGAUGGGAUGUGAACAAGUCAGAUGUUCCACCACUGCUCCAUACUCACCAAAAGACAGCUUUAUGAAAGAACUUCUAAACAGAGUUGAUAAGAAAGCAGCUCAGCAGACAGAAAGUGGAUCAAAUAAUGUUUCCUACAGGAGUGUGUCGAAGGGCAGCUCCCAGGGCUCCUCUCUUCACAGCAACUCUAUCAGCUCUCAAGGAAACCACAAGAAAAACAGCAACACAAAAGCUGAUAUGGGGAUGCAGAAUCAGACCCUGGCUAACGUAGUCACAGAAAACCUGCAAGAAGAAGAGGAGGAGACCAUGACAAGGACUACAUGUCAGAGUCAUGUGAUAGAAUUUUCCUGUGCCUUAGAGUCUUGCUGCCAGAUGAGGACACUGGACAGUGGGAUUGGAACCUUCCCACUCCCCGACUCAGGGAACCGGUCUGCGGGACGACACAUGUCUAAGCAGGAAACAGAAGCCCUCACACCAUCUGAGCAAGUUCUUCUUUCAGCUCCUUCAGUAAAAGCCAAAACUCUUGAGCGAGAAGUGCCUUCAACAUCUAUGAGUCAGGAGUCUGUGGAAAGCAUAAUUAGUCACUCAACAUCUGAUCCAGCCAUGACUACCAAAGGUAUACGACCUUUUCAAAGUCGCCUUCCAGAGCCAGAUUCCUCAGGAAUAAUUAACCUUGCAAAGCAAAGUGAACAAGAACCAAGUUCUGUGACCUCUACCUCAUUAGAGCUUACUGAAGAAACUGUAGAAAAUAGAAAAGUUCUUUCAGAUUGGAGCACCAAGAAAACUACAAAAACAAAGGACAGAGCUCUAAGAGUGUGCACUUACUCUGCCAGCAGCAGUGACACUGAACUGGAGCCAGAGUAUGGAACAAAUUAUUUUCGAACGGCAGAGGAGACAUUAGUAGAGUUAACAAAGAGCAACAAACAAGCUGAGCAGGAAAAACAGAAGCAUAGAAAGUCAGUUCUGGGGAACCCGAUGUCAAUUUUGGACUUAUAUCAGCACAGUCUCUAUGGCCAUUUUGGAGAGGAUGGACCUGAACAAUUAACACAUUUCAGUUUAAUUGAGCAGCUGAGUGGACCUUCCGGUAAAGACAGCAAAGGCAAAGAGAGCCCAAGGAACUGCAUGUUCUGGAACUUUUCCCAUAAGAAUGGGGCACAGCAGAACCUGAGGCACUUGUGGUCAACAGCUCUGGAGAAAAAGAAAGGGAGAAAUUUUGAGAAACUGAAGCAAACUGAAGAAACAAAAGAAGAUUCUCAGAGUAGAUUAUCUAAAAUUUCCCUGGAGUCUCUCAAUAAAUUUAACAGCAAUAACGUCCUUUUAUUAGAAAAGAACUGUGUGAACAAAGCCGAAGGACAAAAGGAAGAAAACAGAAAGAAGGAAGCAUCUUCCUUAAACAACUCUGAUAGGCAGGACGUGGACAAUUUGGAGUCCCUGAGCGAUUCUUUGUACGACAGCUUCUCCUCCUGUGCCAGCCAAGGCUCGAACGACGUGUGAGGAUGCUUUCAGCCGGCUGCAAACAGAGCACUUAUGGAGCUGCAAGCGGGCAGUGAGGGUGGAGAAGGGACAGAACUCACCCCGUGUCACUGUGUGCCCUCAGCAGGCGACUCCCACUUUGGUCCUCAUGAUGCAGCAAUAAGGAAGGCAGCACUGCAUUCGUCUCAGUGCAGGAGACUCAAUGCUCCACACCACGAGUGACUACACAGAGAAAAGUCUUAAUUUUGCACUUUUAUGAAUAUUUGUAUAGGUGUAAAUAUUUUGGAAAGAUAUAUUUGUAGGGAGAGAUUGACAGCAAUAAAUAUUAUGUUGGUGCUAUGCUCCCGUAAUGGCAGAUUACUGACUUAAGUUGAUGUUAAUAUUAACAAGAAAAGUUAGUAGAUUUUUUUUAAAGAAAAGAUUUAUACUUAUUCUGGUCUUAAAACUAUGUAGAAACACUGUGCGUCCAUAAACCUGAGCCUGCCGAGUCGUCUGUAAGGAACUUUGUAGACUCCUUUUGCAAAAUAUAUCCUUUAUUUUUAGUGCAGUUCCAUACAGGUGUUUUGGGUGCAGUGUCACAACAGGUGUCUCACUGCAGAAGUUCUGCUGGUGCGGCCUGCUCUGCUAAUGAAGGCUGGGGUCGGAGCACUGCAUUGCUCUGCACAAACACCUCCUCCCAUCAUCAUUUCCCAUCCAUUCCUCGUGCUGUCUUCUGCCCUUGUUUUGUCACAAUUAAAUCAUCAGCUCUACAAUAAUGGUUGUUGGUGACACGUGAGGGUGUGAGCCAGCACCGCUCAGACAGAGCCAGGCUGGAGGCUGCACCUGUGUGGUUUUGUUUUUCUACCAAGGCUGUUUAUACGUGAGGGAAAGUCUAUUUCAAAUGUUCCCCGUAUUUUUUUCUAGAUGUGAACUAUUUAUAACUGCUUUUUGUACAGCGACCUGUAAACUAGAUAUAUUUGGGAUAUUUCCGACCCCGCGGUUCCUAUAGCACCUGUUAAUCGAUGCUGUAUCACCUGCGUUAACACUCGGUGCCAUUUGUUCUCAUUCCCUCUGUAAACUCGCGUCGCCUUUUUCGACUUUUAAAGAGCUUUUCUGCGAGGCACGUUCCUAAAUAAAGCAGCUCUGUACUGGG